CGCUUCAUCGGCACCGAGGCCGCGGCAUCGUCUCAGCCCGGGCGGAACAAGCGAGCCCCAGCCACGCGCGCAAGGCAAGGCCGAGCGGAAGCCAAGGAACACCAGCGCCGGCCAUGGCAGCUCCGGAGCCGUGGUCCGCGUCCGAGGCGAGGCUGACCGGUGUCCAUCCUGCCCACACGCACCACCAGGUCCAGCAGACGCCGCCCCACCAGCCGCAGCCACAGCAGCCGCAGCAGCAGUAUGGAGAGGUGAACCAGCUGGGCGGCGUGUUCGUCAACGGCCGCCCGCUGCCCAACGCGGUGCGGCUGCGCAUCGUCGAGCUGGCGCAGCUCGGGGUGCGGCCGUGCGACAUAUCGCGGCAGCUGCGCGUCUCGCACGGCUGCGUCUCCAAGAUCCUGGCGAGGUUCCACGAGACCGGCUCCAUCCUGCCCGGCGCCAUCGGCGGAAGCAAGCCACGCGUCACCACGCCGAAGGUGGUGGCGUGCAUCCGAGAGCUCAAGCGGCGUGACCCCGGCAUCUUCGCGUGGGAGAUCCGAGACCGGCUCCUGUCCGAAGGCGUGUGCGACAAGGGAAACGUGCCGUCGGUGAGCAGCAUCAGCCGCAUACUGCGCAACAAGGUCACGCACGGCGUCACGGCCGCAGCCACAGCCACAGCCAGGUACGGGGGAGACCGCUGCACAGGCUGGUGCGCCGCUGCCUACUCGCCACGCAGCCUCCAGGCAGCCCAGCUGAGCCGCUGGGCUCCUCCUCACCACCCACCUCCGCCUCCUCUCCUGGGCGCCUACGCACAUCCUCACAGCUACUACCUGCACGGCUACUACCUGCAAGGAGCUGCAGCCGCAGCCGCAGCCCAGCCUCUCUGACAGCCUCUCUGACAGCCAUCUCUCCUCGUCUUCUCAUCAGUCGCGCAGCUAUAAACGUUCGUCGCGACUCGCAAGGCUGCACGCAAGACUUUGCGCAAGACCCUCACGAUCCCUUGGAGGAUGCGACUAUGUAGCUCCAAACAGCCCCUGACAGCGCUCCAACGUUUCGUUGCUUCCUAAGCUUAAUAGACACCUUGUCGAGGGUGUACCGACAGCGCGGAACUACGUGGCUUGCGGAAAACAUCCCUCUGCAAGACGGAUCGGCCGAAACCGACUGUACCCAAUGUGGCUUCCCUGCUGGUCACCGAUCCCAUGGUUCACCGCGAAACACGAACUCUGGCAAUCGCACCACCGACCGCGGGAGUACAUGCGAAGCGAGACGCUGCAGCGUUUUCGCCGGAAAAAUGGCCAAACGCCGGAGGCUGCUAUAGUGACGCGACGUGUGGCCCGCAUACAGAUAGGAUAAAGCCUGUGCAUGGCAGUGAAAAGGACUGUGAACGCGAUCUCACCUCAUAUCAGCGUCGAACAAGCUUCACUCAGCUUUGCAUGCAUAUUCUUUUCCGGAACAUCGUGAACGAUUUAGAGCUAGAAGAACUUAUAAUUUGAUUUCUGCCCGCGCGGAAUGGUGACGGCAGUGCUGCCGCACCUUCGUGACGUCACGCUCUGUAAUUGGUCAACUCAAAGUUUAUUUAACACGAGGGUACAACAGACUAGCGGCUGUCGCCCCUAUCGAUCGACUGUAUAGAGAAGCAUAUAUAAGGUAUACUUUUAUAGAGACAAGCCCAUCCCGUAGUCGAAUUCGGCCAGGUUGGCGUUUGAGCCAAUCGGAGACGGCGUAGCUGCCCUGUGAGCCAACCAGAGAGCACAGGGUGGCGAAUUUGACAUUGCUUAGAAUACCAGCCGUAAUCUGCCGUUGAGAAGCGCCUGAUCACAGAAGAGGUAGUUGCGCAAUAACCACGUCAGACUUAAAGCUGUCCUCGUUGUUCGAUGGACUGAUGCGUUGCAUGGAUGAUUAUUGCAUGGAUUAAUGCGAGGGAUACUUUAUGACGUCACCUGUGUAGUACGCACGCGCGUGUCAUACGCAUUUUGCAAACAAGACUGUGGAGCCAGUGAACGGUGAUGUGCAUCGCAGGACAAGAGAGCCCCUGCUGAACGACACGGACUCAAGGCGCGAAGCGACGACCACAAGUCAACGUUGUUACAAUGAACGUCGUGAUUGUGCGUGUGUGCUGUGGUGCGUGUGCAAUUGUUAGGACACCGACGGGAAGAUCUCCUUGCGCACCAGCAAGGGAACUGCGUGGACAUCUGGACACGCCACGGUGAACAAUUAUGAUGUACAAUGAAGCCUCUUAAUAUACGUAUGCUAUAUUUAUUUAUUUUAUUUAUUUGUUUACUCUCAAGCCCAAUGACAUUGCAGAAGGACAUCAUGUCCAAUCAAUCAAAUGUCCAAUGGUUUGGAAAAAAAGACACAUUAAAUAAGCUAGCACUAUUGAACACUUUAUAAAAAAUGACACCUUUAA